AUGAAUGAAUGGGUCAGAGGAGCAGACCCCAGGGAGCCCUUGGGAUCAUGGACAGACCUACUGUUCAAGGGAGGGGUGGCCACUCUGCCCAAAUUCCCUCAAGGACCACCCCUCACUCAGUAUCCUAUCCUCUCCCCACUUGGUCCCCACAGACCUCUGGCCUCUGCUCCCAUCGCACCUUUCCCUCCAGCCACACUGGCUGUGGGAAAGCCUUGCAGCCCUUCCUGCAGUCAGAAACACCUUUCCCCCGUGCCACUUGUCCAAAUCCACCCCUCCAUUAGUUGCAGGCAGAGCGGCCAGGCUGGGGCUGCAGCCACGAGGGGGCACUGUUGCCCCGCAGCUGCGUCAGAACUCAUCCACAAAGCUGGAAGGUGCUUCUGUCCCACCAGCUUGCAGAGCAGCAGGCGAGGAGAAUGCCUGUCUCACAAAGCUAUGGAAGCUAAACGAGGGGAACGUCAGUGGCCCCAUCCCACACCCGGGACCUGCUGGGGCUGCUCUGAUACCUCCUGCGAUGGGUGCUCACUGCCUCCAGCCAGGCUGCCCAGCCCUUGGCGGGAAAAGCUCUGCCUGGAGAAAGGGCUUUGCAAUGGACCCAGUCUAUUUUGCAGAAGCCAUAAGGUCCUGUGGGGCAACAGGGUCUUCCAAAUGAAAAACGUUGAGAAGAACAGAUUUACCUUGGGAACCAUAAGAAAGAAGCAGUUUGGGGUUUCCAGAGAAGCCCAAAACCUAAAAGGGCACGUGAAAUUCCUCAGUGUUGACAUGUUGGCUCAAAACUUUUCUAAAUAUUGUACCCAAGCCAAGCAAUGACCCACUUGAGCCUACAGCCCACAGGAUGGGAUGCUGGUUUUGGGUGUAGCUCAGUGACUCAGAGAAAGCAGAACCCUUAGCGCCCGUGUGCAGAAC